CGCAAUCAUAUCAAUUUGCUUUAACUUCGAAAUGUUUUUAAAAAUUAUUACGAUUCUAGUAAUUUCAGUGUUUGCGAGUAUUAAAGCCGAUUUUCCUGAUGAUCCUAAACCUUGCAAAUAUGAGGAUUCAGAAUGUAUUAAAGAUGUAAUUAAUUCAUUGUUUCAAAACAAAUUAGAUGGUGAUGACUCAAUAAAUUUACAUUCACUUAACCCAUUGAAUGCUACCACCGUUAAAAUACAUCAGGGUGAAGAAAGUCCUGUUAGUUUGGAUUUGGUAUUGAAAAAUAAUCUUUUGUAUGGAUUUGAAAAACUAAAGGCAAUUCAAAUUAAAGGUUUUGGCAAAGAUUUAACUGGUAAACAUAGCAUUAAGCUGCAUUCCGAUUAUAUGAGCGUAGUUGGUGAUUAUGAAAUUGAUGGUAAAAUUUUGAUAUUACCCAUUAAGGGUACGGGUAAAUCGAAUAUAACUAUGGUUGAUGUUGAAAUUUUUAUGAAUUUUGUUGGAACACCUAUGGAAAAAGAUGGUGCAAUAUAUAUGCAUAUUGAGGAAAUGAAUUCGGAUGCUGAACCUAAGGGCAUGUUCUAUAAGGUGGAAAAUCUAUUUAAUGGCGAUAAAGCUUUAGGUGAUAAUAUGAAUUUGUUUUUAAACGAAAAUUGGCAAGAAAUUUAUGCCGAAGUACGUGUUUCUAUAUGCAAGGCAUUUGGUGAUAUAUUUAAGGAUGUUAUUAAUGAUGUUUUUAGUAAAUAUCCUUAUGAUAAAUAUUUUAUCGAAUAAAUUAAUAAGUUUUUUUUUUGAGUAAAUAUUUAAAGAAAUAAAUA